GGGUACAAGCGAGGCGACAAACCGCCCCUAUAAGUCCUUUGUCCAUUGUUGCUUUUUUACGCUUGCAGUUGCUUUCCCCUCCCUCCAGACGAAAACACCCACACACUGUCACUUGCUACGUCAGCUGUGGUGUCUCCAGUUCGGCGUCCCCGUAGUUGUUUGUUGUUCGCCCCUGCUCCCGUUUUCACUUGACUAAUCUCGGCGCGGCGCGAGUUGCUUCGCUGUUCAGACUAAAUUCGAAUUUUUACUUCUCCCCCUUUUUUUCCGUUUGCGGUGUUACACUUAUUCCCUCUCUCCGGGAAUCUUAGCCGUUUCUGUGUACUCAACUCCGACAAAAUGGUGCUCUUCAAGGACUUGAACAAAAGCUGUGCGGAUUUGCUCACCAAGGGCUAUCCUCAUGAGAAGGCAUGGGACUUGGAGUACAAGUACAAGUCGAAGAACCCCGAAAUUGUCAACACGGCUUCCGUCAGCCCCGCGGGCGCCUUCGACGCAAGCUCCAAGCUGAAGUAUUGCGUGAGCGAUGUGACGACUGAGGUGAAGAUGAUGGCGAUGGGCAAGUCCACCAUCGACGUCAAAUAUGCGGCUCCGAAGCUGAAGGGUCUGACUCUGGGCGCCAAGUUCGAUCGCCGUGGCGACAAGACGUCGAAGGAUAGCCUCGACAUCGUGGCUGAGUACAAGCUCCCGACCAUCCACUCGUUCUUUUCCGUUAACCCUCUUGCUUCCUCGUUCAACUUUGGCAACGUCGUUGAAUACAAAGCCUUCAGAAUUGGAAGCGAAGUGUCCGGCAAGUUCGAUGCGUCUGCCAUGAAGUACGCUGUUGGUGCUUCUUACACCGGAGUUGCCAGCAAGGCUGGAGAGUUCACUCUUUCCCUGAAAACAGCCCCGAGUGGCGACGCCAUGUUCGGACGCAUGAUUGGCAGCGUCCACGGCAAGACCACGGACAACAAGUCGGCGGAGCUGGCCGCAGAAGUCGACUGCAACCUGCUGGACGGCCGCACCAACAUUCAGUUCGGUGGCCUGUGGUACUUGAACGACAAAAAAGACACUUUCUUGAAGGCGAAAUUGACCCAAAAUGCACGCGUGAGCGUCGCUCUGACCCACAAGGUGUGCGACUACGUCUCCGCGACUAUCGGGUCCCAGAUCGACGUGUCGAAGCCGAGCAAUCCUGACGCGGUGAAGCACGGUUUGAAGCUCGAGAUCUGUGCCUAAGCCCGGAAGCGACUCUCCCUGGGCAAGGCAGCAAUGAACCCGCUGGGACGAGGAAACGCGGAGUUGAGCUCGGAAGAGGGCUGAGUGCCUCGUAAAGUCGACUCUUGUGUCCUGCGAAUGGGGGCGGUCAACCUCUAUGUGCCAAUACGCGAUAUUGUUUUCGUGGGGAAAUACUCCUCGGGCAGAAAAGCGCGUAGAGGCCUCCCUGCGGAAUUGUGGUUCACUAUAAUUCGCGUGCUGAGGACUUUUACAACCGCCAGCUGUCGUUCGCCAGAUCACGGAAGGAAUCACCGUGUCUGGUCAUCCCAGUUCUUGCCAUGCGAGACAGGGAAGGUACAGGAGGGAGCGCGCAAAGAUCCACUCCAUAUGCCAAGGACGCCGGAACAUACGAGAAGAAUGGACGUUUCUCAGUCUGUGCACCAAAAACCGGUCCCUUCCGCGUUGUCAGGUGCCGUGUCUUUGUCGCAGGAAGAAGCGACCGGACAACACUCCGUGAAAGGAACGGAUUUCUCGUACACGACCUACGAUACACGUGCCCAGAUGUCUCGGCUUCACAUGGUGGAUGUGGAUUUCAGGAAAGCAUUCAUUGGAUGAGUGUUAAAAAUGUUCUGUACCUCCUUUUGGGGUAUCCUGUGCGCUUGUGCUUCGGCAUGCGUGGUUACUUCGUUUGUAACAAUGCCUGCUUUCCCUUACUCGAGGUUCAACCCAGUCAUGGCUGAUAGCAAUCUGCUUUUGUCGUUACCACGCCCACAUAUUUUCUGCAGUCCCCUGCACACUCUUGCCUCUAAGGGAACACAUUCGCCAGAUGUCCUUGCGCACGAGGCAUUAUAGUAGAAGGAACUUACGCUUGUGCGAGUUUAAAAAUUGAGACGGCUGCCUGUGGGCACAGUUAACGCUGGGCCUAUGCUACACUUCAUUCACCAACAGAGUAAAUCUGAUGUGCAGAAAAGCGGUGUAGGUCGGGCACAUCUCACCUCAAAGGCACUGUUUGAACACCGCACCCUAUGAGUAAAGAAUCAUUUUGAACUCGAUCCCAGAGAAAAACUUGGAAAAAUCCAGGCCCGCAGACAGCACAGGGCCCCCCCAAGCAGCCAAAUGGUUUUGGACCUUCGAAAACAAGCUGGACACCAUCAGCGAAUAAAAUGUAUCAACUGGCAAUAAUACUGACACCAUCUGUAAACACUCUCACAUCUGAGUACUCGGUUUCUAAAAAUGAGCACCGGUUGGACUCAAACGGGCCCCGAUGCAUAUAAUAGCACACUCUCAAACACAACACCGAAGGAGCGUCUGUCAGCGCACCCCGAUGUUCCCCCGUUACCGACAGAGAAAACUCUCGACCCUGAUAUACCGCCAAAGCACGUCAACUCGCAUCAUCGCCGAAGGCAUUCUCCUCCUUCAGCAAUUGAAGAACGCUUGCCAGGCCGCCUUCUCGCGACCGAUUGUUUGACAUGAGUUUUUUCCGCUUGUUUUCCUCAGUCUGUUGUGCCUUUGCGUCUUGGUCUCCCCCCUGAAGUGGUAUCGUAUACGACUGACUGGAAACUGCGGGCUCCCUUCGCGGCACCCCAUUCGAGUCACAUCCUGUGGCUGUGCGGUCUGAGUUUACCUUUCCCUCCUGGAAGGACUCCGCCUUUCCGCUGUCCUUCCCAACUGGUUCGUUUUUCGCAUGUUCCGGGCUGUCGGAUUCCUCUCGUU